AUGGACCCAAAUGACAUGGAAAAAACAGCCUUUAUUACCCCUUACGGCAUUUUUUGUUACCGCGUCAUGCCAUUCGGCCUCAAAAACUCAUGCGCCACAUUCAACCGUGCCAUAUUCAAGAUGAUGCAUGCCCAAAUUGGCCACACUUUGGAAGCCUAUGUCGACGACCUUGUCCUCAAAAGCCAGAAGGAGAGCAACCAUCUCCAGGAGCUGAAGGAAAUAUUUGACAUUCUCAAAUUCUACAAGCUCCACCUAAACCCCGAGAAGUGCGCAUUCGGCGUAAGUGCUGGGAAAUUUCUCGAACAUUUGGUCACCAGACGCGGUAUUGAGGCCGACCCCAACCAGAUUAAAGCCAUUGCAGAUUUGCGGCCACCAAGAACAAUCAAGGAAGUACAACGGCACACUGGAAUGGCAGCCACUUUGAACCGGUUCAUUAGCAAGUCCUCCGACAAGUGCCAUGUCUUCUUCAAUGCGUUGAAAGAGUACCUCAGCUCGGCCCCACUACUGGUAAAGCCAAAAGAAUUCAAGACCUUAUAUUUGUAUCUUGCCGUCUUCGCCCAUGCGGUCAGUUCUGCACUCGUUCGCCGGGGAGGGGCUGAUGAGAAACCGAUAUACUUCACAAGCAAAACACUUCUUCCUGCACAAACACGCUAUCUUCCCCUGGAGAAACUAGCCCUUGCUCUCGUCUUGACGGCGAGGAAACUUUUGCACUACUUCCAGUCCCACCCAAUCACAGUCUUAACAAAACAUCCCCUCAAAGCUCUCUUUUGGAAGGCAGAUCUCUCCAACCGGGUAUCAAAAUGGGCUGUCAAACUUGCGAACUUCGACAUCAGCUUUGAGCCACGAACGGCAAUUAAGGGCCAGGUGUUGGCCGACUUCAUAGCAGAACUCACUCCAGCAGACACAGCGGCACUCAAUGCUCCAACCCCACCAGACGUACCCGAACGUAGCUCCGUGACCAUGCCAUGGCACCUUUUUCAAGGCGAGACUUGGCGACUUAAUGUCGACGGGGCUUCCAACAGCAACGGAGCCGGAGCGGGGGUAGUCUUGGUCUCACCUUGUGGAACACUUCAUGAAAGCUCCCUCACCAUCGACUUCCCAGCCACAAACAAUGAAGCUGAAUAUGAAGCCCUCCUCGCUGGCUUACGCUCAGCCAUCGCGAUGAAAGUCACCAACCUCGUUGUCUACUGUGACUCCCAACUCAUCGUUAACCAAGUACUCGGUGACUACGAAGCUCGGGACCCUCGAAUAUUGAAAUACCAAGCCACGACAGCUGAGGUCAUCUCUCAGUUUUGCAAUUUCAGCAUCAAACAGAUCAACCGCGAGCACAACGCACACGCGGACGCACUUGCAGGCCUCGCGUCGGCAUCCACAGCGUCAGAAUUCAGAACAAUCAACUUCGGCAGCAUUGGCCGCCCUUCUUUUGAGCCCACUCCAAAGGUACUCAAUGUCGAACUCGGUCCCAGCUGGAUGGAUGAGAUUGUUACGUUCCUAAAGCAUGACACCCUACCCAUAGACAAGAAGGAGGCUUACCGUGUGAGAAACAAGCCUGCCCAGAACCUUUCCCCCAUCACUAGUCCCUGGCCCUUUGCGCAAUGGGGGCUUGAUAUCGUGGGAAAGCUGCCAACGGCUCCUGGAGGCUUCAAGUUUCUGAUUAUAACAACGGACUACUUCUCCAAAUGGGUUGAAGCUGAACCCCUCAUAACGACAACUGAGGCUGAUGUCCGAAGAUUCGUAUGGCGAAACAUUGUUACCAGGUUCGGCAUCCCAUACGACAUUGUCUCUGACAACGGAACUCAGUUCGUCGGCAAGGACCUCACCAACCUUUGUGCCGAGUUUGGGAUACGUUUCUUCAACUCCACACCAGCCUACCCCCAAGGAAAUGGCCAAGCAGAGGCCACAAACAAAACCGUCUGCGCCGGCAUCAAGCGUCGACUAAACUCCAAAAGAGGAAAAUGGACUGAAGAAUUGCCACGCGUUUUAUGGGCCUACCGGUCUACACCAAGGCAUUCAACGGGCCAGACACCAUUUUCAAUGGCGUUCGGCAUGGAAGCCGUGAUCCCGUUGGAGUCCAAGUUUCCAACUCUCAAAACAGAAACAUUUAACCCCAAAACAAACGACGACGCUAUGGCACAAGAGCUGAUUUUGGCAGAAGAGAAGUGUGAUGACGCUCGCCUGCACCUCACUGAAUACCAGCAACAGGUGGCCAAGGGAUACAACCGUAGCGUGCGAGUCAAAAAGUUCAAGCCAGAUGAUUUGGUCUGGCGAAAAGUUGUGCAAGCCAGCAAGAAAACAAAAUUCAAGCCCAACUGGGAGGGACCUUUUCGUAUCGUCAAGAUUGUUGGUGAAGGUGCCUACAACCUCAAGAAAGCAUACAUGUAG